UUUUAUUAGUUAUAUAAAUUUAGUACAAAAAACAGGAACAUGGGUAAUUCAGAGAGAUGUGGCCUCAGCAAUUACACAAUUCGUAUAGAUAAGACUAAAAUAAUGAGAAGAGACACCUUAGUGCAUAGAGAACGUAAAUCCAUGCUCAAAGUCAAAAAUCAGAGCUCACACUUCCGUAAAAGAAAGUCCAUCAAUAGACCAAAGUUAAACUUCAACUUAAUACAAGCACAAAGUUGUCUCGGUUCCAAACAUGAAGACAAGUUACAGUUUUUCGGAAUACAAAACCAAGUACAGGGAAAGGAUAAGAAGUAUAUGACCUUUCACUCCGAAAAUGGAGAUGAACAGAAAGAAGACAAUAGCGGCUGGAAGACUGUCUUUGAGUUCAUUAACUCCAAGAACUUUGAUAAGAAGAUUAGCGAAUUCAACGAAGCAAAAAGGAUGGAGAUGGCCAAUAAAAUAGGCACCAUGACUGAUAAUCACCCUUUCUUUAAGAACUUGAAAAACUUAGCGAAGAAGAGACGGAGUAGAGCUGUAAUCCAGAUUAGAGAUAGGUCUUUAAAUUCUAAUGGAAUCAAUACAAGUUCAUUGUACGCUAGAUUAUUUUUAAAUUUUAGGAAUCAAACAAUGACAUCGAGAACAAAAUCCGCUUUGGAUGGAUACAAGAGGAAGACUAUUCAUAAUAAUCUAAAGCAUAAAAGGUUUUUAAACUCAGCUAUUGAUUUCUCUGAAGAACAAGAUCCUAAUCAAAGACGAACUCUGAAGAACGACAGACUUUCGUAUAUGAUAAAUCACCAUAGUUUUAUGUUCAAGAAUUCCCAGCACAAUUUUGCUGGGAAGGAUUCGUCAGCAGACCAUACUUCCAAUAUGCCUUUUAGAAUAAGUGUAAUGAAAGCAAAUAGCGACAAUUCUGAUGAACGGAAGAGCCAAACAAUAGAUUCUAUUAUAGACCCAUCCAUAAUACUACCAGGAAAUCUCUGUCCUGAGAUUAUCAGCAAGGCCAAGGGCACCUCUGUGAUUCCAAGGUAUUCACAGGACAUCGGAAUUUGAAGUGAUAGUAGUGUCUCAAAAUAAAUCCUUCGAGUCAACUUCCUCUAAAGUAUCCAAAAACAGCCGUUUUCUAGACGGAAUGAGAUUCUCUUUGAGAGAUUGAGAUAGAUAUGAUAUAAAGUACUACAAUAAAUAAGAAGAGUUUCAAAAUAGCUAAGAAGCGGAGGAGCAAAUCUUUAGACAACUUAGGCAAGUUCUGCUCCAAUUUGAUGCGGUGUGCUAAGCAGGAGAAGAAAUAAAUCUAAAGAACGUAAGAGAAAACUCCUCAAUGCUAACCAUUCUUCUUUGUCUAAAAGAUCAAAGAAGCUUAACAAGAGGAUGGAAAUGCUCUCUUCUCGUACCAAGAAAACUCGCAAGAUGAAAUAUCAGAAUAAGCCUAAGUUCUUAGGUCCUGAAGUGGAAACAGAUAGCUUCUUUAGCGAUAAUAAAAGCGAAAAAUCUAAGAUAAGCACAAAAAUCAAGAAAAAUAAUCCUAAACCUAUUUUUAAGAAAAAGAAUAUCCCAAACUUGGAUCUAAGGCCAAACUCUAGAAGCAAGAGGAGGGAGAGUCUUGAAAAGCCAAUGCUUCCUACAGUUUCUCCACUUGUAAAGCCAGAAGAUAAGAGUAACGAAAAUCCUCAGGAUGUGACAGAGCAGAAUAGGGGAUCAUCACCGGCUGUAUUAGUUCUUCGAGAGAACAAUACACUUAAUCUCUCUAAUCUUAGAAUCAGAAAUGAGAAUAGGAAAGAAGAAAAUGAAAAAGAUUCAAAUCUCAGCACUAUUAGAUCAGUGACAAUCCAAGAUGAAAAGACUGAUACUAAAGGAAAAUUGACUAAAACAGACCUCGAUGAGAUAAAUAUCUUUGGUUCUAGACUUGGCGAUGCUAUCCGGAGCCCAAUAGUUGAAGAGCUUGCUCUUAAGGAAAAACAAAAGAAAUUCAAUAGAACUGAGAAAGGAUCAUUUUUGUCUAAAAGAUCAAACCUUCCUAUUGCUACUCUGGCUCAAGGAAGCUUUAGGCUUCCAAGAAAUUUUGGGAAUAUCAGAAUCAAGAAUAUCAAUAAUUCAAGGAACCUCAGUAUAAACAAGAGAGUGUCUAAAGACUGACGGUCCUUGGAGCCUAGGCUAAGUGCUGCGAAAUAAAAGUCCUUCUAAACGAGGAAUGUCUACUACAUUCUGAAGGGAUCCAAGACUAAAAGAUUACCGAACAAAUACAAGAAUAUAGAAAAACUAGCUACUCCGAAUAAGCCCUUCUCCAAAAUAGACACUAGGAAAAAUACUGCCUCAAGAUCCAAGAAAAUGUCUAGUGUUCACAGGCCUUUAUCUCCAAAUGAUAGAAUAGUGAGCUGUUACUCUCCAGUAAAUGCCAUCCCGCUCAGUAAAACUAGAAGAGUCAAGAAUGUUAGAAUCAAGAAAAACAAGUUAAAAGUUUUUAAUAAAGAUCUAAAAUCUGGGAAGAAGCUUGAUAGAUAUAAACAGAGGAAAAUUGUUCCAAGAAAUACGAUCUUUAGAAAGAAAGAUAAGGAGAUGUAUAAAAGACUCAGGCUUAUUAUUGACAAAGAUUUCAACAUCAAAAGGGCUUCAAAAAGAGGUCCAAGCUUAAGGCUUCAGAUGAAAAAUUCGAAUGUAAAUAGUCCAAUUUCUCAACACAAAAUGCCUGUAUCAAUUAAUAUUUCUCAAAAUCGUCCAUUGAGUCCCCAAACGAAAACAUUUAAUUUCCCAAAUCCUUUCUCAGGAUUCAUUCCCCAAAACCCCCAUAAAAUCUCAGGUGGAAACUCCAACUCAAAAUCCUCGAUAGAGGACACAAGCUUGUUAAACCUAAUGCUCAAAAGACCUCAAUACAAUAUAAAAUAA